AUGGCGCUCUGCAAGCACAUGCUUCAAACCGGUGCCAAUUUCGCGUUUCUCUACGCCAGCUUCCGACAAAACCUCUACUCGCCUUCUUCGACGAGCAACAAUGGAUAUGGGCUCUUCAGCAGGCAGAUUUCGGGACUGGUCAAACCGAAAGGGAAUCGCGCAUUUCUCGUGGACACUUUGGCUUUGGUUAGGGGUUUGGAGGCCAAAGGCGUGCCGACGAAGCAGGCGGAGGCGAUCACAGCUGCGAUCACUGAAGUUCUGAACGAUAGCUUGGAGAAUGUGUCUCAUGCUUUUGUUUCCAAAGUGGGAAUGCAGAAGUGGGUGGGUCCCAUAUUGGUCUCUUUCUAA